AUGGAUCAGCGCAGGCAUCUUUUCCGUUUCGAUGCAUCACUCCUCCACCUUCCAAAGUCACAAAAAUUGAGAUCCUUCGGUAUCUAUUUGGCCGGAGCACUCUUUGCCAUUGGUUUCUGGUCCAUGGUGGAUGCUGCGGUCUACUCCAAGACUGUCAACGCCAGUGUUGUACACAUUACUUUUGUGGACUGGAUUCCAUUUAUUUGCUCAUCGUUAGGUAUGAUCAUUGUCAAUUCUAUCGAGAAGUCCAACUUGUUCUCCGAGGGCCAGAAUCUGUUCUUGGGAGACGAUAACACCAAUGCCUGGGCCGCUAGAGUGAUUUUGUUUUUCGGUUUCUCGUUGUUGGCAGGCGGAUUGUCCGGCUCAUUCAUGGUAUUCAUCUUGAAGUACUUGAUGCACAAGUUUACCUUCCCAACUUUGGGAAUGGGUGUGUCCAACAUUGUGUGUAACGGAUGUAUUAUGCUCAGUUGUAUUGUCUUGUGGUUGUCACAAAACAUCGAAGAUGAGUACAGUUAUAGUUUAGCAUUGAACUAA